AUGAGCGUGCAGUAUGAACUGUUGCUUAUUGAGAUGAAUGCAGUAAAUGUACUAUUAGUUUACAUGUUAGCGCCUUUUAUUCGUGAUUGUAACAAAAUACACACCGUUCAAGCAGUAGCAGCAGCAGCAGCAGCAGCAGCAGCAGCAGCAGCAGCAGCAGUAGCAGUAGCAGUAGCAGUAGCAGCACCACCACCACCACCGCCACCACCACCACUUUUCCAUACCCUUAUUCAUUCUUGUAAAAUGGAUCGUCGUGCAGGUUUUUUGGGUGGCUUCGGCAGUGGCACUAAUGACAAUCGUAAUGCUCCUGAUCAUGUUGAUAGGCGGUCUAGUUUUGCGAGAAAUCGAGGUAACAUACCUCAUCGAAUAGGCUUUGGUCUACGUCGUAUAACAGUUGAAUCAGAUAGACCGUGGACACCAGUAACCAAACUGGGUCGUUUGGUGAAAGAUGGACGAGUAACAUCAAUUGAAGAAAUUUUCCGCAGAUCGAUACCAAUUUUGGAGUAUCAGAUUGUGGAUCAUUUAAUACCAAAUCUGAAGGAAGAAGUGCUCAAGAUCCUUCCGGUGCAGAAACAAGUUGCGAAUGGAAUUCAAACACGUUUUCGAGCCUUUGUUGCUGUCGGGGACAAAAAUGGACACGUAGGACUUGGAGUGCAGUGUGCGAAACGCGUUAGCACUGCGAUUAGACGCGCUAUUUAUCGUGCCAAAACCUCCGUAAUACCUGUCAGACGAGGUUACUGGCGUACAAAAUCUGGGCAGCCUCAUACCGUCCCUUUCAAGGUAGCGGUUCGUUUUUGUACUGCGCAAGUAACCCUUCAUCCAGCACCGCGUGGUGCUGGUUUAAAUGCGCCAAUAAUAAUGCAAAAGCUGCUGUUUCUGGGUGGUAUUAAAGAUUGUUACUCAUCCGUGAUCAGUAACUUAACGGUGGGACCUGUUGUGAAAGCUACGUUUUUUGCUCUUCAAUGUUCGUUCUGGUGUGGGUCAGAAGAUGCCGAGGAGAAAGAUAAUGCAUUCCCAGAAUUGCAGUCUACUUUUAAUCAUUGA